AAACCGGUAUUAUAUUUUAACUUUUACACAUUAAGUCCUUCCAUUUUUUUUUCAGUUUCACAAUUUGGACACAAACUUCUAUUCUCCGAUCACAGCGAGUCACUCACGAUGUUCUUUCUCCGAGUUCACUCAGUAGACGCCGAGAGCACCCUCGAUCCCGAAACUAUCUUCUCAGCUCCCCAAUCUCAAAACCCUAAAUUCAGCGAACGCAGAGGCGUUCUCCAUCUCUUCCGAAACGCUUCCGAAUCCUCUCUCCCAAACUCCAGUUCUCUUUCCUCUCUCCUUUUCAUCGUCGCCGUCCCCAAUUACCUCUCCUUCGAUGACUUCAUUCGUUUCUGUGGACCUCACCAUCUUGAUCAUCUUCAUCACCUUCUCUUCAUCAGGAACGAUGGAAUGGAAGAUAGAUAUAGUGUGUUGAUUAGGUUUAAUGACCAGAUUGCUGCUGAUGGAUUUCAUAGCAAAUUCAAUGGGAAGAAAUUUUCUCCGGGUGAGGCAGAGAUAUGCCAUAUUUUGUUUUUGCUUUCCGUGGAGUACUCAGAAUGCGAAGAAGUUGCUGGGAUUCCUCCUGCCGGUUGUACAGAAAUACCAACUUGUCCAGUUUGCCUAGAGAGACUGGACCCUGAUACCAGUGGAAUACUCACAACACUUUGUGAUCACUCAUUCCGAUGCCCUUGUGUCUCAAAAUGGACAUAUUUGUCUUGCCAGGUCUGUCAAUUCUGUCAACAACAGGACGAGAAGCAAGCCUGUCUUAUUUGUGGAACAUUAGAUGAUGUCUGGGUUUGUAUGAUUUGUGGAUUCGUCGGAUGUGGAAGAUAUAAAGAAGGGCAUGCUAUUCGACAUUGGCAAGAUACCCAGCAUUGCUAUUCUCUUGACUCUAAAACACAACAAAUUUGGGAUUAUGUAGGGGACAAUUAUGUCCAUCGACUGAAUCAGGACCAAUCUAAAAUUGAUGGCAAGUCGGAGGAGAUGCAUUUUCGCUGUAUGUCUCAGGAAGGGGAUUGCGACACAUGUGAAUGUCAUGAAGACUUAGAAGUUAAUGGGGCCUUCUUUAACAGCAAAGUCGAAGCGAUUAUGGAUGAAUACAAUCGUCUUCUAACAUCUCAGCUGGAAACUCAAAGACAAUAUUAUGAAUCCUUACUAAUAGAAGCAAAAAGUAAAGCAGAAAGUUCCAUAUCUGAAGCAGUGGAGAAAGCGGCAACUUCUGGAAUGCUGGAUAUCCAAAAUGAACUAGAAAAGUGUACUGAAGAAAGAAAUGCUGUUGCUGAGGUUAAUCGGAAGCUCAUUAAAAAUCAAGAAUCGUGGCGAGAGAAGGUUAAAGAAGCUGAAGAGAGGGAAGCUGCAUCAAUGAAGUCGAAGAAUGAGAGGAUACUUGAUUUGGAGGAACAGAUAAGAGAUAUCACUAUUUUUCUAGAAGCACAAAAAACAAUUGAGAAGAUGUCAGAUUCGAAUGGAAUAAAGGAGGGAACAGUCUUACCAGUGGUUCAUGAGCAACCUUCUCCUGGAAACAGCAAGAGAAACAGAAAGCUUGGUCGAAGGCGGCAUUAGUCAUAACCUCAACUAGAACACAUUGGAAUUUAUUGACAAGAAUUUGAAAUUGUGAGGGUAAUUGACUUAACUGCUAAAGGAAUGCUUUUUAUUUCAACUCCCAUUGCAACUUGCUUGCUUUGUGAGGGGCACUGGGGCUAUGAUCCCGGGAUAGGGGUUGCUCACUAAAACUAUGCCAAGUAAUUAGAAAACCUUUUGUAAAUAUCAGAAAGAUAUUGAUAAAGAAAAGUAGAUGAACAUUCUGCAAAAAAUUUCAUCUGAGAUUAUACUUAACGGUCUGUUAACUUUUUUAAUACUGUUCAGUAGCAAUUAAAAAUAUUACAUUAACGGUUAACUGUUGAGGAAUAUUUCUAAAUUGUAAUCUCCAACAAACAUGAAAGUUUUGAUGGCAUUGCUUUAUGCCAAGCCUUCGACCAUA